AUGCCGACAUAUUACCGCAACACAGUCGAUCGACUCGACAGGCCGAGUGCCUACUUCAACAGUCGCAACAAGCGCAGGCGCACCGAUCACCGUGAUGGCGAGGACAAUGAGAUGAGCAACACCCAGCCCGAGGUGCAGCCCGAGGACCCCCUAGCGAAUGCUACGACCUUAUACGUAGGAAACCUGUCAUUCUACACCACAGAGGAGCAGGUUUACGAGCUGUUCAGCAAGUGCGGGGAGAUUAAGCGGCUGGUAAUGGGACUCGACCGUUUCAACAAAACCCCAUGCGGGUUUUGCUUCGUUGAGUACUACACCCACCAGGAUGCACUGGAUUGUAUGAAGUACAUCGGAGGCACAAAGCUGGACGAACGCAUCAUUCGCACAGAUCUCGACCCCGGCUUCGAGGAAGGCCGCCAGUACGGCCGAGGCAAGUCUGGUGGCCAGGUACGAGACGAGUAUCGCGAGGAUUACGAUGAGGGCCGCGGUGGGCUCGGCAGAGCAAUUCAACUGGAGAAGGAGGCGAGGAGAGACGGUAGAGACUUGGAAGAGGACUAUGGACGACUCAGAUAA